AUGGAGAGCCUCAAAAACAACCUGAUGGCGUUCAGCGGUGUCAUGACGUCAGCCGGCCAAAUGGCCUUUGAUGCGAACUUCACGAAGUACCUCGCCGCAGUCGCCCGAGAGACCAACAUCACCAACAUCAUCUACAAGUUGUCUCCGAAAUGCGAGUCCAUGCUGGUGCGGUGCAGCUGGGGCAUGCACCGCACGGCGUGCCGGCACCUUUUCGCGAAGCGCGUCACGGACUUGGGCUACUGCUGCGUCUUCAACGCCAGAUACAGUUUGGAGGACCGUAACAAUACUCCGUUCAGAGCUACCAUGGUGGGCCAGGACUCUGGCCUCUCGGUCGUCAUCCAGGAAAAUACUGACGACUUCACUGCCGUUCGGCGCACAGGAGAAGAACUCCAGCUGCUGCUGUUCGACGGCAGCCAGUACCCAUUAACGCGCGCGGGCGUGAUACGCUCGUACCCCGUGCGCCGCAGCGCUUCCGUGUUCGUCACGCUGCGGGCGACCGUGCAGCGAGCUUCGGACUCUUUGCGUCACUAUAGCGAAGCCUGGUUCAUAUGA